AAGUUGUAAUAUUUGUCCUCCUUAUUCUGAUAAUUGAAUUAUGAGUCUUCUGGAUAUAAUCAAUUUCAAUGAUGCAAUAGCUGCCUUAUCAAAUCUACCUAGGCACAUAUAUCCCUUAACUAUCAGUAUCCAAGGAUGGAGGCGGUAUCAAGAAUUGAAGCAGCAGUUGUAAACUUACUUGGGCAAUCGAAAUCAUGAUGAGAUUGUUGAAAUUCUUGCCAAGUAUGACAUUUCUGAUUAUAUCAAACAAAGCAUAGAAGAGGAUCAAAUCUUGAGGCUCCUCUUGCGUCUUCACAACUUUCACUUAAUGCUGGAAUUUGAAGUCGGGGUUGAUUGGGUGCUGGUACAAAUUAUUUAUAAAUUCGUCAACUGUUUUCUAGAAUAUGUUAAUGAAUCCGAAAAAGAAUUAUUACAGUCUUACUUCUUUUUCACUACUAGUUUAAACUUUCGGAUAACUAUGGAGAUGCCUGCCAACAACAAUCAGCCAGAAAGAAAUGUCUCCACAUCAGUUAGUCCGUCAGACAAUUCAGAAUUUUCAAAGACAAAUGAAAUACGUUACCAUUCUGUCAAAAACAUCAUAGGCUGCUUCUAUCCAUCCACUACUCAACUUAAAAAGUUUGAAAUUCCAAAAUCCAUCUUUCACUUUACCCGGGAUCAGUUAUUAAGAGUAAUAUUAUUUCCUACUCAAUUUGAAUACGAAUUGAUCGAUAAUUCUGAAAAUGCAAUAGUUGAGCAAUUACAAAUUAAUAUAAUAGAACCAGUGUCGCAGUUCAUAGGAUAUAUAUAUAAUGAACAAGUGACAUCACAUACUAAUCAUGUAUUGGGAGUAUCAUAUGAGUCUCGACGUGUUUUUGUUACUCCAGAUAUUACUGUGCUGUUUCCAAAGUUUAACCUUCCAAUAGAAAUUAAAAAGAAAAAUGUUGCUGAUUAUUUUAAAGAUUUUAAUGAAAAUCAAAUAAACCAUAGUAAUAGUGAUUUAAUCGAGAUUUUUACACACUUUAUUCGUGAGAUGUUGAUGGCAGGAUCUCCAAUCGCAAUAUUAUCAAAUUCCAGUGCAACACUAAUUAUUGAUAUACAGAAUUACAAGGUAAGUGAUUUUAUUGGCUUGAAUUACUGCAAAAUUUUGAGACGUAUUAAUUGUAACAUAUUUUACUUAGACGACUAUGAUGCUCCUUCCUCGGAUAGUACCUAAUCAAUUAGGACAAGAGUUCUUAUUGUCUUGAUGAAUUGUAGAACUCAUCAAUUAAAGAUAAAGAAAAAAAUGAACAAUUUUUAUAGUAAGUUGAUAAUUGAUA